GAACCUGAGCGGGGUAUGCAUGAUGUUGAAGGUACAUUACCUGGCCGAACAAUGGCACCUGUCUGCUGGACUGCUCGGGAGAGUCUGCUCUCUUGUGACUGAACCUCCACCCUGCACACUGUACACAGUUUUCUAACCAUGCAGAUUUGGAUGAUGGUGGGGCUCCUGUGUUUGCUGGCUCAUUCAGUACUCCGUAUAAAUGGAAAGUGAUGAAAUCUUCCCCAUGUCUUGAUCCCGUGGUUCGGAUGAAGAGAAUUGAGACACCUCAUACCAGCAACAGGAAGAAAGGGGAAAGUAUCUCAUUCCUCAUAGCGAUUCAUUUGGGGUGGGGUUCUAAUUACCAAAGCCUACAUUCCUUCUACUCCAUAUUUAAAAAAAAAAAAUAAAAAUUAAUGAAGAAAUAAAAAAUUACAAUUUUGCCGAAAAUAGUUCUUCACUUGUCAGGCACUUGGGAUUAAAAGCAACUAGGUGGCUGGUAUUUACAACAGUAAAAGUAAGUAUGUACAGGUUAAGGAUCACAAAUAAAUGAUGAAAAUUUGCAGAUCAGCUGUAGACAAAUGGUCAGAAAUAAACUGUGCAGACUUUGAGUUUUAGCUGCAAAUAAAAUAGCAAAAGAGAGAAGCAGUUGUAUAGUAGACAUCGUAAACAAAUUAGAAAUGCUUGCUGGAGCUAAAAUGAAGGUCAGGGUGACACAGAGUUUAACAAGCACAGAAGCGUAUUGUUUUGCAGGAAGCACGGGGCGCAACCGUGUUGAGUGUGAACAGGAACGAGCUCUCUUAUCCAAGUUAAACAAAGCAAAGAAGCAAACCGCAGUAUAGGCUCCACAGUAACAGGCAGUCGGCAAGAGGGGAUUGCAAAAGAAUAUAUAAGUCACAGGGCAGAUAGUGGAUAAGGACAGACCAGACCAGGUUUAUCCAGACAGUGGGCCGAGCUGCAGCUUCCCGAGACAGUUCUGCGGACAGUGGGCCGAGCUGCAGCUUCCCGUGACAGUUCUGCAGAGAGUGGGCCGAGCUGCAGCUUCCCGAGACAGUUCUGCGGACAGUGGGCCGAGCUGCAGCUUCCCGGGACAGUUCUGCAGAGAGUGGGCCGAGCUGCAGCUUCCCGAGACAGUUCUGCUCAUGCUGUGUCUCCUAUAGGCCUGCUGCACAAUAAUCAGACUAGAUACAGUAUAUGUGUUAAUGGAACUGUGUGUGGGGUCUCAUAAUCAAGCAUUAAAUAAUAUUAAAUGUAAAAGCUAUCAAUUUGCACGCCAUAAAAUGUUGUGUGUGCUAAUUGUGACGUGUGAAUGAAUUGGUAAGGUAAGAUGUAGGAAUGCAGGUACUUUAUUUUGUUGUUUUUAUGGUAAGUAAUAAUACAGGUUGUCACCUGGCAAAAGAACUGACAAAUACUGGCUUACAUUACAAAAGCAAUUUUUCGUUUUUCUGACAAAAUAAUAAUUGGCAAUAAUUUUUAUUUCUACAUGCAAAAUGUUUUGCUAUAAAGUUUUCCACUGUUACUCAUUUUUAUUUUAUUUUGUAUAUGUUCCAGGACAUGGUCUGUUGGCCUCUCAUUAACGAAGACUUCAGGAGACCCUGCUGUGUGUGUUCAGCAAGAUUUGGUUCAGCAAAAAGUGGAACAGCAGCAGGGUUGGUGUCAAUUCCUAUUUUCAAAUCCAAUUCCUUUAUUCCAAUUCCAGUUCCAAGUCCUUCACAGGAAUUCCUUUGAAAGAACUGGAAUUUAAAUUGAUUAAAAUAACUGACCCUGACCGGCACCACAAAUAGAAGAUCUUCGAAUCCUUGAAGAAAAAAGAUUUGAUUAGGAUGGACAAACCAACCAGCACAAUAAACUAAGACAGUUAAGAGGCCAAAAUGUUCCGCGGACGGCCGCACCGAGGUGGCAAGGAGAGAGGAGGGGGGCAUCCACGGCAUUACCCACCUCGGGGUCCGCUGGGCUCCUCGCCACCUCGUCACUCGCCUCCGCCGGGGGGAUACCGGGACGAGCGGGAGGACAGGGAACGUCACCACUUCUCUGGGUAUCGGGGAAAGCCCGAUGGUUACCGACGCUCUCCUCCAGAGAGGAGGCAUCCCUCCCCGGGCAGGGGCUGCAACCGAGGACCGGUGAGUGAGUACCGUGGGCCUCCACAAAGGGAUCAUCCAGCCAGGAGAAUGUCUCCGUCUCCACCGCAUUCUGGCAUCCCACUUGAUCACAGUUUGAUCAUCACUGUUGGAAAUGAGCGGAACCAUAGUGUCUCACCAGACCACAGGAGAGUUGACCCUCCAAUCAAUCACAGAUACAGGGAUGAUCUAGAGGAAGACUACAGCAGAAAUCCUCUACCCGAAAGAAAAUUUUCUUCUUCGUAUGACCGGGAAGAACAUGACUUCCACGGGGGGAGCCCACAUUACCCUCACCGGCGAGAAGAGGGACCUGGGGGAAGCAGCAGAGAAAGAGAAAAGUUCCAUAAGUUUCACUACCCGCCCAUGGAAGCCAAGAGACCCAAGUACGACAUGGAACCUGAGAGCAGGGGCUACAGCUCAGAGAGGUCCCGUCGGCCUGAGCGCACUGUGGAGAGGGGCCGUAGAAGCCGCAGCAGAGGCAAGAGCAGGGGCCGAAGCAGAAGUCGCAGCAGGGACAAGAGCAGGGGCCGGAGCCGCAGUGCCAGCCCCCUCAAAGGCCGUUUAAAAAAUGACACCAGCGAAGGCUUCCGGGAGCUGGCGCAGGCCCGCAAGAGAAAGGAGAAGGAGGAGCUGGAGAGGCUGGAGCGGGCGGUCGCUCAGCGGGAGAUGGGCGGAACUAAAAGUUAUGGAAUCCCUGGGCUGCCUGGCCGGUCGACCGAGGCUGCUGAAUUCAUGCAGCAGCGACUCGAUGAAGUGCCACCAAUGCCUAAAAAAUCUAUUCUUAAAAAACGCGUUGAGCCUGAAGUGGAUCCUGCCGUCAGUAUUGAGAGCAGUGACUACUCCAGCGGAGCCCCUGGAGGGCAGCGAAGCAGCAGUUUAUCGACAGAGGCUGAGCGUUUCCUCAACACGCUCAACAGAGGCAUGGAUUCUGAGCUAUUCUCUUCUCUGCUAAGAGAAGCGAGAGAGGAGGCUUAUGCCAAAGAGACAAAAGGGAAGCUUACUGAAGGCUCAUUCCUCUAUGAUGAGCACUAUGAGGAAUCCUUUCAGAAAGCAGAGCCAGAGAAGCCUGUGGAGAACGCUGGUGAAUUCCUCCUGCCACAUGAGAGGGUCAGUCAUGAUGGCAGUGGGUUUUCCAGAAUUUUAGGAAUGAUGGGUGAGUUCCCCAGCCCACAGGAAAAGCUGAGGUGUUCUCCAGAUAUUGAAGAUGAGGAAAAAUUCCUCUAUGGAGAAGAGGAAGAUGAGCGGCUAGAGGCUCAGUUGCAAGCUGGACUGGCCCGGCAACAGAGCCAACCAGUUAAUUCUGGAAUUGUCCACCGUCAGCAGAGCCACCCAGGGAUGGACCACCAGCUACAGAACAAGCCUGCAGUCGGAAAGCAAAACAGCAAGACUGCCAUUAGUGAGCGUCAAGUGAGCCAGGCUGUAGCUAGCCGCCAUCAAGAAAACCAGCCUGGGAUUUUGCAUCGUCAGAACCAAUCUGGGAUUGUCCAGCAGAAGGAGAGCCAGGCUGAGAUUAGUCACCAGCAGUUGAUUCAUCCUAGGAUUCCACGCCAUCAGCUUAGCCAGCCUGGGAUUGGACAGCAUCAAGAAAGUAAGUCAGGGAUUGGUCAUCAUCAACAGUGUCACACAAUAACUGGUCAUCCUCAAGAGAGUCAGCCACACAGUGUGCACAGUCAGCAGAGCCCACCUAUGUCAGUCCAUGGUCCAUGUGGGACAUCCCAAGAAGACCUGGAUAGCUCUCCAGUGGAAGCAGAAGAGACUCAGGAUUCCCAAGAGUACGAAAAGAUUCAAACUCUGCUAAAAACAAUUGGUCUAGAUAUGGGGGUGGCUGAAAUCGGCAAGCUGGCUGCACGGACUCAGGAGCGCUUGCACGGGAAGAAACCACCAGGAGGGUCUUCUCGUUACUGUGACGGAGAAAGAGGACGCAGGGCAUCAGCAGGCAGAAACUGGGAGAAUCAACACAGCCACAGCCAUACCAUGUCUCCUGAGUCUGAUUACAACCAGUCAAUCUCUCCAUCCCCUACUAGACGAGCCUCUCACGGUGAAAAUCUCUCUUCCUUCACAUCAGAGUACAGUGUUAAACAGGGUGAAAAAAAGGGAUGGGAAAUCCCUGUUUUAGGGGAAAAUGUCAAGCUGGCUCCAAUAUCAUCUGCUUCUGUCCCCCCUACAACUGCCCAACCUAAUGCCUCUUUACCCCCCACACCUACUUACUCUAUGCCAUCAUACUCUCACUACCAACCUCCACCAGCCACACCAAACUUUCCCCCUCCUGGCUAUGAUCAGUAUGGAAAUUACAUGCCUUACAUGUCCACGGGUUGGCCAAUGUACCCUCCUCCAUCACAGGAGCCUCAACCAGUACCCCAACAAGGUGUUCCGUCUGGCCACCCGCCCAUCGAAGAGCAACAUGUGACAUCUUCUAGGCCCUAUCUCAGAGUCAUCGAAACGGUGCCCCUCAGUCAGACACAAGUAAAGCCCAAGAAAGAAGAGUCUGCUCUUGUCCAAGUGCCAAUGACAGAUAGACUAGAAAAUAAUUCAUCCAACCGCAUUGUGUUAACGGGACAGAAAAAACAACGGAGAGAAUCUGAAGAAAAAAAUAAGGCCAAUGAGAAGCAAAAGGUUAUAGAAGAAAGGGUGGCUUUGAAGAAAGAAAAAGAGGUCCGUUUGAAAAGAAAGGACCAUCUCAUGAAGGAACUGGAGAGAUUGCGAAAGCAGCAAGGAGAGCUUCUGCGUAAGAAGCGCAGGGAGAAGGACGGUCACAAGGACCCUUUGCUGGUGGAGGUGAGCCGGCUUCAAGAGGAAGUCAUGCAGCAAAUCUCUGUGAUCCGUAAGGAGAACGAAGCAGCGGAGAAGAAGCAGGCAGAGCUGGACAAGGUGGCUCAGAUCUUGGGCCUGUACAUUUCUGACAAACCGAAAAAGAAUCCCAAGGAUAUUAGGGAGACCCCUCCAGAGAAAAGAAACGAGAAACCAAAGAGCCCCGAAAAAUCCUUCCCCUCCUCCUUCUCCUCCAGCGUCUCCGUGUCUAAGGAAGGCCCCAGUUUGAAGUCGGCUCCAGGAAAGCCCAAGUGUAAAAGCCCAAAUCGUUUCCAACCUCCACCGAAGUCUGCAGACCAGUAUGAAUAUUAUGAUGCUGGUAAUCAUUGGUGCAAAAACUGCAACCUGCUCUGCGGGUCCAUGUUUGAUUUUUUCACACACAUGCACAGCAAAGCACAUAGAAAGACACAGGAUCCUUAUGACAGACCCUGGGCUUCAAAAUCCUCCCAAAAGGACAACAAACAUCAGACUGGAAAAACUGGAGAGAAAAUUGUUGUCCCUGCAAAAGGUUCUGAGUUUUUGACCGCUGUCAUAGGAUUUUACUGCCAGCUAUGUGAAGAGUUUUUUGGAGAUCAGAUCAGUGCUGAAGAUCAUGUUUCAAAUUGUAGUCAUAAUGAAAAAUAUAAGAAAUAUGUUAAUGAAAACCCGCUGUAUGAACAGAGGAGGAAUCUGGACCGUCAAGCAGGUCUGGCGGUAAUCAUGGACAAUAAAGAGCGAAGGCAGACAGAGCUGAAAAGGAAAAUGGAAGAGGAACCCAAAGUUCUCAAAGAGGAAGACACAAAAGCAAAGGUAGUGGUUAAGAAUGAAAGUGAGGAGCCUGGGAGCCCCAUGGAGCUGUGUGAAAAGGCACCCGCACCUCUGAAAGGGGACAGCAACCCAAAGCUUGCGGUACAGCUUAGGCUGAAAAAAAAGCCUGAGGAGUCAGCAAAGAAUUCUGCAGACUCUCCCACUUUUGGAAAGUUCUGCUGGAAGAAAUCGGACAAGGAAGAAGAGAAAGAGUCAGAACCGACAACGGAAAAGGAAGAACUUGGAGACGGGAGCAAAGAUAAGGAGGAUGGGAAGACGCAGUUUGGGAAAACAAAAACCAUUGCAAUUAAGCUCUCGGGAAAGACGGUUAUCCCCCACACCAGUGUAUGGAUGCCCUUUAGUACUGCCCCUGCCGUGGCAACCCAAGCAAAAAUCCGUCCUAACUUGCCUGCCCCAGUUAUGCAGCUCAGAAAGACUAGCGCCGCCGUAGUUAAUAAACCGGCCCCUUUAAAUGCCUUUCUGUCUAUAAGACCAGCUGGUACCACUGCCAGCAAACCUCUACCUGUAGUUAAAAGUGAUUCAAAAAAGAAUGUUAUGUUGACACCUGAUCUUAUUUCCAAGGCAUUUUGUGGUGAGGAAGUUGUACUUAAAACUCCUCCUGUGGUGGGAGUAAAAACUCCUGCCACCACCACAGUAACAGAAGCAAAAACCCCCAUGGGGGAAGUAAAAACCCCCAUGGAGGCAGAAGUAAAAACCUCAGUGACAAAAGUCACUCCUUUAGCUGUGCCUGAAAAGAAAACCCCUUCCAUUCCUCAUCCAGUUAUGCAGAUAAUGAGUUUUAAGUCUGAUGUGGCAGCACCUGGUGUGCCCGAAAGUGAACAAAACUUGACCGUACUCGUCCGCCCUCCUCCGCUACAUAAGGAUCGGGGGGAGUCGACAAAAAAAAGCGAGAAACCCAAAUCAAACUUGGCUGCGGCCAAUGCACAAGAUCUGUAUGAUAUUUUUUAUAGUAGCGGUGGGAAAGGUUCCUCAGAUGUCAAAAAUGCAAGUAAAACUGAAAUAAACACUGGAAAUGCUGAGAUGCGAACAAAUUAUGGGGAAAGCGCUGUAUCUUAUAGUACAGAAUCAGAGAAUAAAAGUAAAGCGUCUAACGUACUACUUUUUUCUGAAGUUGAAAAAAAGAAUAAGCAGGCUAUCCAGAAAGAAGAGAGUAAAAUUGAUCUCAGUAAAGAACUACCAGACAACCAAGCAGCUGAAAUCCAAAACGAUGUCUUAGCUGGUAAUAAAAAUGCUGCGACAGGUCUGAGUAAAGAUGAAACUGGUAAUGUGGAUGCUGGCAAAACAAAUCAAGAAUCCAUGCCAGUAAUCUACAGUCCUGAUCAGGAUAUUUCCAGUAGUAACGUGUCUGUGUGCAGUGGCGUCCCCAUUGAUGACCCCAUCUCUCUGAUAACAGUACCCUGGAAUAAGGAAAUCCGUGGCCGGAAGAUUUUGGACAGCCUUGAAACCAGAAAUUUAAUGUCCUCUAACACGGAGCCACAUACUCUUAAUACAGAGGAGAAUCUCCGAAGUCAUGGUUUUCUACAAAUUUCUGGCAUCCCUGAAUCUCUUGAGCUAAAUGCGCCAGGUGGUGACCCUGAACCCCUAAAGUUAGAGAUUUCAGAGGGUGGCAUUUCUGUAGAUCUUGGCAGUUUUGAAACUCCUGCUUUGAAUUUUGAAACCCCUGACUUAAACCUUGAUACUUACGACUUUUGUUUUGAAACUGCAGAUUUAAAUAUUCCUGAAACUGAGACGGACACCGUGGCUCGGGAGGUACAAAAUGUAGCCGAAAAUGCAGAGGCUUUAACGUUGGAGAUGCCCAGCAAAUGCAGUGAUCUAAGCCCUGCAAGGCUGGAAGCCGAAUUGCAUGCGCUGGAGUCUGUAGGUCAAAAUGAAAUCAACAGAGAAGAGGAGAUACACAGUAUUUCAGGUCACCUGAUGUUGGAAGAUAUUGGUGAGGUGGUUGGCUCAUUUGCCUUAGAAACGGAUAUCCCUGAAACUCCUGAAAUAAGUUCUUCUCAGGAAGCAAAGCAGCCUAAGGGAGAGAUCACUCCCUCGGCACUGGAAUCUCUUGAAGCCAGUCAUUCAGACGACGUUCUGGUGAACGAGGCUAACAAGCAGGUUGCAAGUCUUUCAUCUCAGCCUAAAGAUGAAGAUCCGAAGGAUCCAGGUCUUGUAGAGAGCAUUUCCGAUACUGGAAAUAAUCCAUAAUGUUUUUGUUAUGGUUUACUGAUACGACAUGUAUUCAGCUUUCACCACUCUUCUCCAAUUAUAUGUUUUGCUCAAGUUGUAUUUUAUCAUUUUGUUAUUGUUUGUUCUUAAGGCACGCAUGUAGAUGCAUUUUCUUAUUUUACAUUACUAUUACCAUUCCUGACAUCUGUUUUUUUAAAAGUGAAAUUUACAAAUAAAUGUAAAGGUUACUUGUACUGUAUGUCUGUCGGUUCUGAAAAAGUAAUGUACAUUGCGCUUCGUGAAAAUGUGUGCUUUUUUCUGUUAAAAGUAGUGAUGGGCACCAAUAUCGAUAUUUUGAUAUGAUAUCAUAAUCAAUGUUAGAUUUUAACUGAAAUCAAUAACUUUUUCAAUUGAAACUUGAGCUUUAGGUGAAAUAAACAUGGUGUAUCUAGUAACUAAGCUAAACAUCAGUUUUCUUGAAGUUUUAACAAUACAAAUUUGCUAUGCUGUAAUGGAUUUAUUUUUAAAUAAAUCAUUUUUUCACUGUAGCGAAACUGGAAUUAUCCACCACACACACUCCAUAAAUAGUAUGGUAAGCUUUUUAUUGCUAAAACUGCUAAAAUACCAAUGCAGUAUAAUCACAUUUAUUUUAUAUUGAGACACAAUAAACCCUAUACAUACCAAUCAUUGUCAGCCUCAAAGGCAAGAAACACCACACUAAAGUUUUAUUUAAGCAUUUUAUUUCAUUGAUUGGCAUUUAGGUACCAAACGCUGUUUGCAUGCUGUAUUAAGUUUGGCACUAUUGCCCAUCCAUAGGGUGUUACUUAACUGAUAUUAUGAAGCAAAGGAUCACCAAGUUGAAGUGUAAAUAUCUGUUAACGCCUGUUAACGUGUGUUUAUAUGCAUAUAUAGCACGGAUGUGUUUCUGUUUUGGAAGAAGUCUAUUACCUAUCAAAACGUGCUCUGUAUCAAUGUCAAAUUCCUAUCGUUGCCCACCACUAGUUACAAGGAGACUCAAUUUGUGUCCACACAUUUCUUUUAUGAAAAACGUGCUAAAACAGGAAGGACAACAUUGGUAAGAAGUGAAAAAGAAAAGCUUGGCAUGGAAGGAAGAAACAGUUGGUUAGGAAGUGGACUGCGCAUUGGACCAAAGGUGAUUUUUAAAAAGCAUUUAACAUGUACAUUGUCAGUUUGCUGUGAUUCAGUAAUUGUUGUCUGUUACAGUGUACAAUGAAAAGAACUGAAGAUCUGGGAAAGAAAAAGAAGAGUUUUGAACUGCUGACUGGACAUUACAGACCAAGUCUUUGCCCAUUUGACUUGUACAUGUGUUGGCUCGAUCUCUAGUGUUAAAAUGUUGGCUAUGCUUGUUUCUAUUCUUUGUUCAUUAAAUCAAAGUAUAAAAAAAAUCCUUGGUCAGUGUAUUCAUUAUGCUUAUUUUCAACAUUACUUUGCUUUUUCAGGAGUUAGAGAACUAAUUCCAAGUUGUAUAAUAGAAAUGUUUACACCAGCAAAAAAGAACAGCUGUAGCUACUCAAGCAUUUAGAGACUCAUCCGGCCACCACUUGUAUAUCUUGAUAACAUAGUUGCACACCUAAAAAGGGAGG